UAAAUAAAAUUUUAAAAAAUGAAAUUACAAGCAAUAUAGUCUCAUUUAUAUAAGAAGUAUAUGUGUAUGUUUUAAGUUUAGAAGGAUAGAUACAAAGUACUAUCAAGGGCCAUAUCUGCCAGUGACAGGAUGGUUACUUGCUCUGACUUAUGAAAUGUUAAUAUAUAUAACUUAUCAGAAAAUCUGUGAUAAUGACAAUGAUGAUGAGGAUGUGGGUGUGUGUAUGUGUGUGUGUUUAUGGUUUUUUAAAAAAUAAGACCCCUGGCAGGAGUAAGGAGUUCCAAGACUGGAAACUGAACACUGGCAAGAUGGGGCAAAGGGGGUUUCACCUGCUCAGAAAUCACUCAGUCCCAGGUCUGUGGUGAGUUCUGCUUUAGAUAGUAGUGAUGAGGAUUCAAAAAGAAAAAAAAGAAAGAAGAAAUGAUGCGGAUUCACGAAGAGCUAAUUCUGGAAAAGAAGACCAACUUGCAGAAAUUUCCAUAAUUAAUAAUAAGAAGAAGGAGAGUCCUCAGAGGAGGCAUGGUCAGUCUGAUUCCGGGAGCAGUCCCACAAGACAGGCGGGACAGGCGCUAGAAGUCUAGGGUCUGAACCCCUGCCCUCCCAGUUGUGGGCUUCGAACAACACACAAUUCAUCGAGCUCCUGGCCUGAGCCUGGCUCGUGGUGGGUGUUCUGGGCACAGUGGCAGCUUCCGCUCCGAGCCGCUCCCCGGGGCCCUGGGCAGCUGCUUCACCUGGCUGCCAUAUCCGCACCCGCUUUGUCUCUUCUCCUUCAAGAGCUCUUUGCUGCAGCCAAACUCAUUUUUCCUUUCAUCAUGGUCCUUCCCCCUUUCAUCACACUGUCCGCUCAUCCUAGAAUAGUGUCUCCUUGUAUUCCCCGCCUUCUCCAACCCUUUGGUUCUCUAAACAUCCAUGUCCUACGGUUCCUUCCAUUCCAGCAUCAAAUGCCGUCUCCUGUGUAAAGAUGCGCUGGCCUCCUCCUUCCCUGUGCCCCAGGCCACGCAUCUGCAUUUGUCUAGGGAGUUCACUGCAGGCCUGUGAUUUGUCUCCAGACUAGACUGGAAGCUCUUUGGGGGGGAGGGUGUAUGUCUCAUUCAUCCGUGUUGCCUCGGCGCCAGCCCUGCAUGCAGUAGGUGCUCAAUGCGCUUUGGUUGAUGAAUGAGGGGGUGAACAAGUAAAUAAGGGAUGAGGAGAGCAUGAGAGCAUGGCUAGAGGGCAGGGCAAGGACGCAGGGAGGGAGGGGGAAGGGCAGAGGGGGCUGAGACCUCGGAGGCUAUGGCAUUGCCAUCGCCCUUGCUGAGAGUGGCAAAGGGCUUGCAGCCAGCACUCCCCCGGGGUGAAUAACCUCAGGGCUCUGCUCCUCUAGGUCCUGCCCACAUCAUAAAACAGCAAGCACUUCCUCUUCAGGGCUGGAGGGAGAGGUGGGGUGACUUAGGGGCUGGGCCCCAGCAUGUGGCAGAGUUUAUAAGCUGGGGCACCGGGCCCCUCAGCACCACGACCCUUCUAGAAUCCUCAUCCCCCUACUCUCCGGCCUCCAGCUCUCUCAGCAGCAUGGCCUUCAACGGCAAGUACGAGUUCGAAAGUGACAAGAAUUAUGAUGAGUUCAUGAAGCGUCUCGGGCUCCCCAGCGAUGCUGUCGAAAAGGGCCGAAACUUCAAGACUGUCACAGAGGUGCAACAGGAUGGGCAGAACUUCACCUGGUCCCAGCACUACCCGGGGGGCCACUCUGUGACCAACAAGUUCACCAUCGGCAAGGAGUGUGACAUGGAGUCCAUGGGGGGCAAGAAGUUCAAGGCCACUGUGCUCAUGGAGGGUGGGAAGAUAGUGGUGGAGUUCCCCAACUAUCGCCAGACCUCGGAGAUCGUGGGUGACAAGCUGGUGGAGAUCUCCACCAUCGGAGGUGUGACCUAUGAGCGUGUGAGCAAGAGGCUGGCCUGAGCAAGCAGGCAGGGCUCGCGGGGGGCCACAAAGCCACCAGGAAAGCUGGAAUAAGAACAUUAUUUGCUCCUGGGGUGGCUGGAUGGCUCAGUUGUUAAGCAUCUGCCUUUGGCUCAGGUCAUGAUCCCAGGGUCCUGGGAUCAAGCCCCGCAUUGGGCUCCCUGCUCAGCUGGAAGCCUGCUUCUCCUGCU